AUGGGAUUCUUAAUAAACGAUGAAAAAAAAAGUGAAAUAAUCAAAAGUAGUGAAGACCUUGAAAUAUCUAGAACAAUAAAUGAUAUAUAUUUGAGCAAGUAUAAUAAUGAAGAAAAAAAGGAUAAUAAUGUUUUAUCGUCAAUCCAUAAUUUUAACAAUAAUAUUGAUGAUAAUGUAUUGAGUAAAAAUAAAUUUAAAAAUAAUGAUGGACACAUAACAAGUUAUGGAAAUAAUUUAAAUUCUUAUGAAAAUGAUAAAAUAAAUAAUGAUAUUAAUAAAGUAAAUAGCGAUAUUAAUAAAAUAAAAAAUGCCUUAACUGAUCAAAAUUAUGUUGUUGAAACAGGUAGUGAAGAUGCUGGUAAAAUCGAAAAUAAAAAUAAUGACUUACUUUAUAAUGGAAAUGUAGAAGACAAAUUAAACUGUAUAAUAAAUGAUAAUAAUAUAAAUAUGAAUGAACAUGAAAAUGAUUCUGGGGAUAUAAAUAUACCUAACAACUUUAUAUUUGAUAAAAAAAAUGAAAAUAUAUAUUAUAACAAUACUUCUUCAACUAUUAAUAAUUCAAAUAUGGAAACAAAAAAAGAUAGUAAUAGAAAUGAAUAUGGGAACCUUCUUGUAAAUAGCAAAUUAAAUGGAAUAGAUCCAAAUAGUAUUAAUGGCAAUACUGUAAUAAAUAAAAAAUUUAAUAAAAAUAUGAAAAUAUUUCGAGCAACCCCAUAUAAUACGAAUCAAUAUGUUCAUUCAAUUAAAAAAAAAAUAAAAAAAAAAUUCACAGAAAAUGAUUAUUUAUUUUGUACAAUUAAUAAAUUUUUAAGAGAUGGAUUGAAAAAUGAAUGUAUUCCUUUAUUUGAGAGAUUACAACAAAAUUUAUUUUUUUUAGUAACACUUGCUAAUGCUUCACAUAGAAGUUUUGAUGAACAUGAAGACAGUUCCUCUGAUUAUUAA